AUGGCGAGCGGCCCAAGGCGCGACGUGGCAUCCAAGGCGCUUGACGGGGACGCUCCUUACAUUGUUGAGUCUUAUCAGAACGAUACAGCGCAAUUUAACGGCGGUCCAGCGCCAUCUUUUACGUACACGCACAACCCGGGCAGCCAGGACGGCGAUUUUGAGCAGCCUCGUUCCUGGGAAGACGCGGCGCGUGCGCAGGCUACGCCUGAGUACGGGCAUGUCUAUGUAAAUAUUGAUCCAAACAAUCCUCAACACAGCAUUGGCGGCACGUAUGCAUCGCCAACACCCCUGCAUGCAACGAUUACAGGCUACGCUACCUCGCUUGGGUGGCCGCUCAGCACGGAAUGCGCGAUUCCCUACGUAUUCCCUCCUUUUACAAGCGUAUUCGUUCUGAUUUUUGAAACAAAAAAUGACCUCGCGCGGUUCCAUGCGUUCCAGGCUGCAUUGUGCAGCGUCGCAGCGAUCCUCGCCGAACUUGUCCUGCGACAUAUUUUUGGGCUCGUGUCUUUAGCGUGGAUCUUAUUGCGUCUCUUUUACCUCGCCUCCUGGUACUGCGGCUACAUUGCACAUCAAUCUGCUGUUUCCUUGGAACGUGCGCCGUUCGUUCCGAUUGUGGGCCCGCAUGCGGUAAGCUUUGUGGGAGAGGAAUGA